CUUUGCAAAUUAGGCUUCAGUUCAGCAGUAAUAAAUGUGUUACAUUUUGAUAAAAUUGACAAUCGCGCCUUCCUGAUCGGUAUUAUUUACAUAAAAAGUGUCUUCAAGUACGCAACUACUUAACUUGAAAUUUGUGAAACAAAUUUUAACGCAGGCGAUAUGAAUAAAGUAUAAUCCAUAUUAGUAAUAAAAUAAUUGUUAAUCAUGGAGGUGGAUAAACUACGAAAUGAAGAACAAAAUGAAACCGUAGCUGAAGAAGACGAUGAAGAUUAUCUAGAGAAAGUGAUAGGUGCGUUUGGCGCAUGGCAAGCCAAAGUAUGCAUUCUCGCUACAAUGACAAGAUUUCUGGCUAUGUGGAACAUGUUAAAUAUAAUGUUUCUGACCUAUGACAAUACAUUCGUUUGUGUAAAAUUUAAUGGAACACGUCUAAACGUGUCAACAUCAACAUGUUACGAUAACUGUGUCGAGUAUGCAUUUGAAGAAGGCAUUUUUAUCAAAAGUUUUGUGUCGGAAUUUGAGCUGAUUUGUGAAAAGGCCUGGAUGGCUAGUUUUACGCAGACGGUUCUGAUGUUCGGUUUGCUGUUUGGGGUUUAUUUAUUCGGAUGGCUUUCUGACAGAUACGGUCGUCGCAAAGCGAUCUUUUCUCCGCGUUUCUCGUGGUGGUUCUUAUGGUGUCUUCCAGCUUCGCUCCUGACUAUUGGACGUUCUGUGCCCUCCGCUUCUUCAUCGGUGUUGCUACAGGCGGAGUGCUUAUCGUCAGCAUCGUCAUGGUGCUUGAGGUGGUGGGACCGCAGCAUAGAGAGGUCGCAGGUUGCGGAAUAAACUUGCCAGACGGUCUUGCCGAAGCCUCCCUGGUAUCCUUCGUCCAGUUCUCACCAACCUGGAGGAUAUACCUUCUGUCCAUGGGUGGUGCAUCUGCUCUCAUCAUGGUAUUCCUGGUGCUGCUGCCUGAAUCACCUCGGUGGUUGAUGGCUAGAGGACGGUUGGAUGAAGCGAGGGUUUUGAUGAUGAAGGCGGCUAAAUGCAAUGAUCUCGACCCUUGCACCACCGAAGAAACCAUAACCACCAUUAUUUCAAGAGAAACCAAAGAAAUCAAAACCACAACAUAUUGCGACCUGUUCAAAACUAAGAGGCUGUUCUCAAGGACAGUGUGUUCUGUGCUGGUGUGGAUGAUAGCUGGGAUAGGGUACUUCGGCAUCACGCAGUAUUGCACGUUCUUGGGGACGAAUGUGUUUGUCUCUGUCGUUAUUAUGGGGUUGAUGCAGAUACCUGCUGCUUUUAUAGCAACCUGGCUCAACAAAAUCUACGGCAGAAAAGCAACUAUAAUCAGCAACCUAUCCACCACUGGCCUCACCAUGUUUCUCCUCAUCUUCACUGCUCCCGACCACUGGGCAGCACUGACCUUAGGAAUCAUCGGCCUCUGGACUGUUACCAUAACCUUCAACGUCCUCUAUGUAUUUGUGUCUGAACUAUUUCCUACUACUUUAAGGAAUAUGGCGUAUGGUGUGAGCUCUUCUGGAGCUAAAAUUGGAGCGAUGGUAGCUCCUUUUAUAGCAAAUCUUAGCCCUCAUUGGGUACCUUCGUUGAUAUUUUCUGUAUUAGCAUUUUUGGGGGCGGUGUUUGUUUCGCUUUACCGGAAACUAAAGGGAGGCCGUUGGAAGAUGAAAUAGGUCAUGUGGAUUGACAAUUAAUUAAGACGAAAGUCUAUUAGAUAAUUAUCUAAGAUAUAAUAAUAAAUAUCAUAAACAUGAA